GUAGCCAAUGACCAUUUUGAUUAGUCAAUCUUAAUAUAGCUAACCAAUGGGAAACGCUAAUACACAAACAGAUUUGUGUUGUUCAAGAAGACAAAAUGACUACCUACACGAACAAAGGCCCAAAACCGGAGGCAGGAAAAUUUGUGUCAUUUCACAGAGUCAAAUUCUGGGUCGGAAAAAUGCAAAACAGGUACUGUAUAUAUUUCUCAUCUACACAAACAUUUUAAACCAGGUGAAGGUCACUGCUUUGUGUUCAAAUCCCACCAGGGACUUUGGAUUUCUUUCUUGUAAGGAAGCUAUCCAACUUGCUUUCAGAACAUCAUUGGUUCUACUUGGAUGCCCAUUGCUACCUGAAAAAUGCACAGAAGGGCAACUGAGGUCUUUCUCUUCUGCGCAACAGAAGUAAUACCAUCUUUAGCCAGCUUUGAAUUUUGAUAAGUCAAUUUAAAUUAGUCAUAUGAAUUUGUUCUUUCUGUUUGACUCUACAUCAAUGUAAUAUCCAAUAUUAAAGUUAAAUUGUUUGACUGGUCAGGGAGUGUCCAUGACACUGACUGAUGCUAGUACUGACACCCUGACAAUUACCCAUAACCCUU